UAGUUAUAAAUCAAGAGGAGUUGAGAGUCUGGUGGCAUGGCUUUAAUUACCUUGAGGAGGAACCUUUGUCAUUUAUCUGAUUUUCGGAUACAUGGAGCUCUGGCUGGUCUGAAAACUCAACAUGUAAAUUGUGUUCAGAAGACAGUCAAGGAGCAUCUGUGUCCAUGGUUUUGGUCACUGCAACUUGAGCCUGUUAGGGUCAGGUUCCAUCAUGCCCAUUCUAAAAAGUUCCAUUCAGAAAACGGAAAUGACCUUCAUCCAGUUGGUGAGCCAGUGUUCUCUCAAGUACAUGCUUGGGACAGGUCUGAACACAGUGUUAAAAAUGUGGAUGAACAGAUAUUUUACAGGAGACUAAACAGCUUCACUUCAUCGGAAGAAGUCUUACAUUAUAUAAGCACACUGCAGACCUUGCCUGAUACUAUGGCAGCAGGAGCCUUACAUCGGAUUUGUGAAAUGGAAAAAAAAGAUGAUGAUCAAAGGUUGCCAAAAGAAAUACUGGAGAAUAGUGCCUUUCAAGCUUUGUGUAAUCAGUUUGCACAGGACCCCUCAAAUCUGUCAAACAUGGGUUUGGUGACUGCUUUGCAAGCCCUGACCCUGUAUGUGGAUCCCCAAAGUCGCUUGCUGCUAAGCCUCCUGGCAAAGUGCCAGCAUCGUCUCGAAAUGGGUAGCUUGGACAUUCACAGUCUUUGUAUCCUGGGGGAAUGUCUGAUUAAACUGCAAGGUCCAGGUUGUUCGACACUAGACCUGAUUAUAUAUCAACUGCAAGGUGAAAAUUUGGAAAAAUUUACCCCCGAGGAUAUUGUGACCCUUUACAGAAUACUGCAGGCAUGUCCUGAAAAAGUUGACCAACACCAGACGUUUUUAAAUAAGAUAAAUAACUUUUCUCUGUCAGUAGUUUCCAACCUGAGUCCUAAGUUGCUGAGCCAAAUGCUCACUGCCCUGGUGGUCCUUGAUCAAACUCAGGCACUUCCGCUGGUUAUAAAAUUGGGUAAAUAUGUUGUGAGGCAUAUCCCUCAUUUCACUAAUGAAGAGCUCAAAGAAGUCUUAGAGGCAUUCAUCUACUUUGGGCACAAUGACAGAUUUUUUACAGAAGUCCUAGAGCAACAUGUCGCUUCCCUCUGUCUCACUCUGGAUCCCGAGGUUGUCAGCAAAGUCAUGGAGUAUUGCAGUAGAAAGCUGAUUUUUUCAAAACCCAUCCUCGAUGCAGCGGCAGAAACUUUCGUUUGUCAGUCAGAAAAAUUUUCACCUAAUCUAACUGCUGAGUUAAUUGAACCAUUUGGAAAACUCAAUUAUUUGCCACCAAAUGCCUCUGCUUUAUUUAGGAAGCUAGAAAACAUACUGUUAACUCGUUUCAAUUAUUUUCCACCCAAAACACUAUUGAAACUUCUCCAUUCAUGUUCACUUAUUGAAUGCCAUCCAGUCAACUUUAUGGCCAAAAUAUUCAGCCCGUAUUUUCUUCAACAGCUGCAAGGUGAAGAGUCCUAUUUGGACAGACUGAGCUUAGCACAACUGACCCAACUUUUCUUAACCGCGAUUCUAGAAUGCCCGUUCUAUAAGGGUCCAAAACUUCUUCCUAAAUAUCAAGUGAAAUCAUUUCUUACUCCGUGCUGUUCCCUGGAGACCCCCAUGGAUUUUCAGCUUUAUAAAUCUGUGAUGAUUGGACUGAUUGACCUCUUAGGAGCAAGAUUGUAUUUUGCUUCAAAAGUGUUAACACCCUAUUGUUACACGAUAGAUGUUGAAAUUAAAUUAGAUGAAGACGGAUUUGUAUUACCAUUUACAGCUGAUGAAGAUAUACAUAAAAGGGUAGCACUGUGCAUUGAUGGUCCAAAAAGAUUUUGUUUGAAUAGCAAACACUUACUGGGAAAGGAAGCUACUAAACAAAGACAUCUGUGCUUACUUGGUUAUCAAGUUGUCCAGAUUCCGUAUUACGAGAUUGAGAUGCUAAAAUCAAGACUUGAAUUAGUGGAAUAUUUACAAAGAAAACUAUUUUCUCAAAACUCUGGUGGUCACUGGUAAUAAGAAUGAAUACUGACUUCAGAACUCAAAUAGUGAAAGAACUUGCAAAUUAGCCGUUUAUUUAUGUACUUUGGUGAUCUGAAAGGGGUCUCUAGU